AUGGCCACUCUUACGGACAAUCCUGAAUCAGUUAAGUCUUAUCCUCGCCUUACAACUGCCCUUCGAAGUUUCACCAAGCUCAGUCUUUCAUCUUCAAUCGACCCUUUUUCUAAUUAUUUGGAUCCUAUUCUUAUAUCCAAAAAGCGUGCGCAGACAAGUACUUCUAGAUGCGUACGCCAAAGCUUCUUGACUCUUACUGGAAUACGCAAGCAUCUUUUAACCUUAGUGUCUGAUGAGAAAGUGGUUCGAAACUUUGACGAGCUAUUGAGUAGAUUCUUUGAAAGCUGCCAACUCCUUAUUGGAAGAGAAUCAGCCAAUCUGGAGGAGACUGAAAUACUCUGUGUUCUGCUCGUGUUUGUUCAUAUUGGUGCGCAAUUUCUAAAGCUAAAUGAUGAGGGUGUACCUAUGAAUCAGAUUAUCGGACACUUUAGCCUUAAGCGUCUUCAAGCGAAGAUUUCUAAUAUCCUUGGUGGAAUCGGUGCUUCAGACCCCGCAAGCGCGUGGAACCUCGUACAGACACGUCUGCAGGCUCUACUGUUCUUUGAUUCCAUUGCUUCUCACACUCUGACUUCUAAAAAACUCGUAGAUCUAAUGCGCAUGUUCAGAAAUGCCGUCAGAAAUGACCAACAGGCCUCUACAAGUCAGACACCUACCUCUGAGGAUAUAGAGGCGCAACAUGAAUAUCUUAUCUGUUGUAAUAGAGACAAGUACAAUUUACCUCAGGAGAAAGAAAGAAAUCCAUAUAAAACGUCAAAAGACUUUCUGAAGGAAGCAGCAGCCUAUCUGUAUGACUCAAUUUUUGCUCCUGCAUGUGAUCUUUCUUGGGAUUCAACGUAUCCUAUGUCUCAAAGUAAUGGGGCUACAGCUGCGACGGAUGCAUUAACGUGA